CAUGAAAUUGACAGAUGUUAUCCAGGAUUUGUGUGCCCCAUAUGUCGAGGCUCUGCGGAUCUCGAUGCACCAAUUGAAAAUGUGCCUGGUUGGGAAUUGCUGGCCGAACAAGAAGAGGCGGCGAAAAAAGAUGCUGAAGAAUCCACGAGUAUUAAGAGAGAACAAACCAUAAAACAAACGACCAGAAACGAAAAUCAAAGUACGCGCCCACAAAUUCUUGCGAAUCCUGGUCACAUGACUGACAUUGCGAAGUCAUCACAAAACAACACUUCUCAAUUAAUCGAAGAACAACCUAGUUCAAUUGGUGGUCGUUCACCUACCGUAUCUUCUAAUUCUCUUGCAAUGUCAAUACCAGGAAAUAAAAAGACACAAAACUUACCUGAAGAAGAAGGAGAUGAUCCAAACAUAAUGCUCGGAAAAACAUUAUCAUCAAGUACGCCAUUGAUUCCUGGAAUGAGUUUAAUUGACGAGGGAAUUGACA